GCUAUCAAUCCCAGAUACGUCAAGCCUUGCUCCCAGAUAUAUUAAACCCUGAUCUUAAAUACCAAGCCCUGAUAUAUACCAGGUCCAGAUUUCAAAUUAGCGAACGGUCUGUUUCAUACGAACAAAUCUCCGCUUUAUAUAAUAGUCCAAACAAAUAGCUUUUGACGCCUUCCCAAAGACACCCCCUACAAUGACCGUGCAAAGAGAUCCGUUGCCACGUUGCGACGAGGAGACCCGAGACGAGUUGCUCGAAAGUGCGGCUGUGGAGGGUUUUGGCGUACUUUUCGAAGGCCCAUCCAAACAUACCGCCAGCGAAGCGAUCGUAGACGAUGACGAGGAGGAGAACAUGCGCUGGUUGCGCGAGGCGCGUUUGGAGCACCUGAAACUCCUGUGGCACAAGCGGCCGUCCAUUGGUAUGAUUGUCGCGAUCAUGUUUACGCUCGCGCUUGCGGUCGGGAUAGGGAUGUCGGCAAAGUUGGUGCUCAUGCUCCGCCUCGCGUGCUCGUCUAUUGACAAGGUCCGUGGCGACUCGGCUCUUGUGGCAGAAAAGUGCACCAAUGCCGAUGCCCAGGAGAUGAUUUCAACCCUCCAGCUCUACUGCCUGUUUAUCGGGGGUAGUGCAUCGAUCUUGGUUUCGGGGAAGAUAGGGGAGUACAGUGACAAGUUCGGCCGGAAGCCGGCGCUCCUCUUCUUCUUGUGCCUCCUGGUUAUGCUGACACUUCUUACUGCGUACUUGCUCGAUCCGCGUUUCCAGUCGGAGUUGCACUUCAAGCUGUUCGUGCUUGUGGACCUCUUAGGAAAGUUAGGAGGCGGGGCCUUUGCCUUCUUGGCGCUUGCUUGUCUGUAUGUGACCGAUGUUGUAGAUACCGAAGUCAGAACUAAGCUGUUGGGGAUUGUUCUGGCGGCUAUGUUCCUGGGGAUCUCCAUCGGCCCGAUUUUUGGGUCCUUCAUCCUCAACGACGUGCUUGGCCGUGAGGAUGACAUCAUUCUCACUUGCUACACCGAGUGUAUGCUUUUGGCAAUCGUCACGGUGGUCGUGUUGCUCGUAGUGCCAGAGUCCAGGCCAUUGAAGGCGAGACAGAAGUCGCGCACAUUGUCCAUGCAGGCAAAGCUUCAUCGCAAGAGGUCCUCCAUCUCUGUACGCAGUGGAAUAGAGACUUGUUCGCCUGUCACGCACAAGCUCCUCUCGGGAGUCAACUGGCACGAGGUGCUCUAUCAGUUGAACGUGUUUCUGCCAUUGAAGGUGUUCUGGGUUCCAGCAAACGUCUCGGGUCGCCUGUCUGUUCCGUGGACCAAGCGGUACGAAGCUCGUAUCACCGUGUGCCUCUUGCUUGGGGUGGAGUUACUCCUUCUCGUUUCAGCCUUCUCCAUAGCUCCGGUAGUCAGCAUGUACGGGAUCUUCCAGUUCCAGUGGACGUCUACCGAGUUGAAUGCGUUCAUCCUGAUCUCCAGUGGUGCCCGGACCUUAUCGUUGGUCUUGGUGGCGCCCCUUUUCAUCAACUUCUUGAAGACUAGGGUGUUUGAUAUCCACCCAGAGGUCUUGGAUAAAGUCGAUUUGACUGUGGUUGGCGCGGCUAUUUUGUUUGAGAUCGGGGGAGGCUCUAUGAUGACGUUUGCGGCCGUGACCAAGGUAUUUCUCCUCUCCAGUGUGUUCAUGGCGAUUGGCGCUAUGGCGUCGCCGGCGUUGCAGAGCUCGAUUGUCAAGUAUGGCCCCAAGCACAAGACAGGCGAGGUCUUUGGUGCGUUAGCUGUCUUCAGAAACAUGAUUUCCCUUGUGGGUCCCGCCUCGUUUCUCUACGUGUACCGUAGGACUGUGGCUAACAACCCGCACUUUGUCUUCUAUUUGAUGUUACUAUUCUACGUUGCAUCUGGUGUGUUGUUUGUGGUUCUUGCGUGGCAUGUCUUUACCGGCAAUCUUUCAAAUCCAAACGACGAAGAUACGGAGAGAACGGCCCUUCUCAGCCGGAGAAGUUCAGUGAGCUUCAGUGAACGGAUUGAGCAGGCAUAGAGGAAUUAGACUGAUUCUGGCUCGUGUAACGACUGUGUCAACUUUUAUGGGUCACCCAGGGUUUGGUCUGUGUAGAGAGUCUGCACUUAGUCAUUGUUUCGAAAUUGUUGGCGCGUACCUACAUGGUGUACGGUAUCUUCAGGUUGCCUAGUAGGUGUAGUAUGUUUCUUUGUCAGAGCUAGUACAUAUGGCCUAUGACAACUGGGUUUAAACGUCAGGUACGGGGUUGAUUGGAAUUUAAUUUAUAUUUUGUGCCUCGAAUGUAGAAUAGAUGUGGCUGUUUAUUUCCGGC